AUGGCAGCAACACCAAAAUCAACGUCCCGGCGUCUGACCGAGCUCUUCUCGGACAACAUUGUUGCCAAAGUAGUUCGCACUGCAACGGCGUCUCUUGAGGAUAACAAUGACCCACCCACAAAAUACCCUGAAUAUGUUUUGCAGUCUGGCCCUUCGGCAAACGGCAGGUGGGAGUUGCGCGACAAGGACUUUUGGACCUGUGGCUUCUUUCCCGGCCAGAUCUACGCCCUGCUCGAGCGCGCCGUCCGCUGGCCCGGUAGCUUGAAUGUGUCAUCCCGUGGAGACGGUGAUGCCCAGAAGGAGAUACCCGUUGCGCCACUCAUCAAGCACCUGGAAGGUCUGGGAAAGAAAUGGUCCGAGCCUCUCCACGAGACGGCCACUCGCACCGACACCCACGACAUGUCAUUCAUGAUCCAGCCCUCCUUGCGUCGGCGAUGGGAACUCCUGCACGAUGCCACUGCCCUGGACUCGGUUCUGACCGCCGCCCGGGGCCUGCACAGCCGCUUCAACGCCACCGUCGGCGCCAUCCGGUCCUGGGACCGGCUGGUGCAGCACGACGUCGACAUCAGCAGCCUGGACGAAGACUUCCUCGUCAUUAUCGACAGCAUGUGUAACCUCGACCUGCUCUACUACGCGGCCGCGCACACGGGCGACGGUAGCCUGGCCGACGCCGCCACCGCGCACGCCCGCACCGUGAAGAAGACGCUCUUCCGGACCGAGACGGGCGGCUGCUGGGGCCCGGACGCCUACACGGGCGAGCUCUACAGCACCUGCCACGUCGUCAACCUGGAUCCCAGGACCGGCGAGGUCAAGGAGCGGAGGACCGCGCAGGGCUAUGCGGCCGAGUCGACGUGGACUCGCGGCCAGGCCUGGGGCAUCCUCGGGUUCGCUCAGACCUUCGUCUGGACCCGGGACCAGGAGUUCCUCGACGCCGCGUGCGGUCUGGCCGAAUACUUCCUGCACCGGCUUGAUACGGCACCGCUGUGUGUGUACCGUCCUGUUACCGACGGCGGCGAGGACGGCCGGACCAAGGGUAAAUGGGUGCCGCUGUGGGACUUCGAUGCGCCUUUCGACCCGGAGGCCACCGAGGCCGGGCCGCUGCGGGACGCCUCGGCGGGCGUCAUUGCAGCAAACGGGCUGUUGGUACUAUCGCAGGCGCUGGCCGGUCAGGGUAGGCACAACCUCGCCCAGCGGUACUACGAGGCUGCGGUUGAUAUUGUUGAUGACACUUUGGAUUUGUGUCUUUCACAGGAGAAGGCAACAUUCGCUGCGGUUGAGGGAGGCGAUCAGUUCCAGGUUCGAGACGUCGAAGAUGGCAAGACUUUCGAGGCCAUCGUCAAGCAUGCCACUGCCAAUAGGAACAAGUCGGAUAAGCACCAGUACUGGGACCAUGGGCUGGUCUAUCUUGAUUACUAUCUUAUUGAGUUUGGGAACCGGCUGCUUCAGAUGGGGUUUGUGUAG